AUGAACGCUGUAUCAGCCGCUCAAAAUGGUCGGAGGAGGAAGCCUAAUUGGGGCGAAUUCUACAAGAACGGCAUACCCAAGGAAGUCAUCGUGAUCGAUGACACGCCGCCUCCAGAACAGUCCCAGGCCGCUUCGCGCAAUCCGGCGACGGCUUAUAUCAACGCACCUAAUGGUGCGGCGCCCCAACCGGCUAGCAAGAAGCGGCGCACCGGCCCCGACACGACUUACGAUCUUGCAACCUAUGAUCGACCCUCGUUCUCGAUCAACCCCCAACAGUAUGGCGAAGAGUCCUCGGCUGAGUCUCUCUCCACCGACCGAACAACAUCUCUACAUACUACCGCGCCCACCUCCCUAUCUCAGGGAAGCACGGGGGCUAGCAACGGGUUAUAUUAUGAAGACGCCAACACAGGCCAAAAACGCAAGCGAGUGACCACCCGGAAGUCUGCUCGUGAUGAGCAGAAAAAGAAAGAGUUGGAGGCCGCUGGUGAUGCGUUCCUGAGUUACGUCCCGCCUCCGAAGCCCAUCAUCAAGGCGAAGGAUGUGCCGGUUCCGGUGAUUCGCGAUGUGAGUAUGUAUGGAAACAGAAGCGAGAAGUAUGAUGAUGACGACGGCCACUACAUUGUGACGCCAAAUGUUCCAUUGACCGAUCGAUACUCGAUCGUCAAACUACUGGGACAAGGUACAUUCGGGAAGGUGGUCGAGGCGUACGACAAGACCCGCAAGACCCGCUGUGCGGUUAAGAUCAUCCGCUCCAUUCAGAAAUAUCGCGAUGCCUCGCGGAUCGAGCUGCGAGUCUUGUCCACCUUGGCUUCGAAUGAUAAAGCCAAUCGAAACAAGUGCAUUCACCUACGGGACUGCUUCGAUUUCCGCAACCACAUCUGCAUUGUGACAGAUCUGCUGGGACAGAGUGUCUUUGACUUCCUCAAGGGAAAUGCCUUCGUGCCGUUCCCCAGCAGCCAGAUUCAAAAUUUUGCCCGGCAACUGUUCACCAGUGUUGCUUUUCUCCAUGACCUCAACCUCAUCCACACCGAUCUCAAACCCGAGAACAUCCUGCUCGUUAGCAGUGCAUACCAGACCUUCACAUAUAACCGUACCAUUCCCUCAUCCUCCUGCGCGAUUUCACGGAGCGCCCGGCAGAGACGUGUUUUGCUAGAUAGCGAGAUCCGGUUGAUCGACUUCGGGUCGGCCACCUUCGAUGAUGAGUACCACUCGUCGGUGGUCUCCACUCGACACUACCGGGCUCCCGAGAUUAUCUUGAACUUGGGCUGGAGUUUCCCCUGCGAUAUCUGGAGUAUUGGGUGUAUCCUCGUGGAAUUCUUCACGGGAGAUGCUCUGUUCCAAACUCAUGACAAUCUCGAACAUCUGGCCAUGAUGGAGGCCGUCAUCGGGGAGCGAAUCGACACGCGGCUUGUCCGGCAAGUGAUGCAGGGUGGUCGGAGUGGAAGCCAAAAUCAAGCUGCAAAGUACUUCUGUCGCCUACGCCUCGAAUAUCCUAAUGACCAGACGACACGGGCUUCACGGAAGUACGUCCGGGCGAUGAAACAGCUCAUUGAGUUUAUCCCAAGCAAUACCAAGUUCCAUCGACUGUUCCUGGAUUUGUUGCAAAAAAUCUUUGUGUAUGAUCCGAAGAACCGGAUAACCGCCAAGGAAGCCUUGAAGCACCCCUGGUUCAAAGAGUCGUUGGUGGAUGACGGUACAGAGGCUCUCCGCAUCGGGGAACAAUUACAACGUACCGGCCAACGUCGCCAGUGA